UGCAUAAAAAUGGACAUACACAUGGCUGAAGGGAAUAGUAGGUGUGAGAUCGUAGAUAAGUCGCCAGAGAAAACGUUAAAAGACACAAAAAGGGCUUUGAAAAAGACACCGGUUGAGGAGUGCACUAGAGAGGAACUGAUUGCCAGAGUUACACAGCUGGAGGCACAUGUCUUGCAGCUGAAAAAUAUCAUUGCCAAAAGUGAGGAGAAACCAGCAAGUGGAACAAAAAAGCAGAGGCCAUUUGAUUUCUCAAGAUACAACUUCCGCCAUAUUGCUCUGAAGAUUUUGUACUUAGGCUGGGAUUACAAUGGCUUCACUGUGCAGGAGGACACAGACAAAACAAUAGAAGCUGCUCUGUUUGAUGCUCUGAUCAAAUCAAAAUUGAUAGAAAAGAGAGAGACUUCAAACUACCACAGAUGUGGAAGAACAGACAAAGGUGUUAGUGCCUUUAGUCAGGUGAUCUCAAUUGAUGUCAGAAGUAACUUGUCUGAAGGUCUUGGGAUGAAAGCGAGAGGAAAUGAACAAAUCACUCCAAAACAAGGUGAGAAGAGAGAGGAGUUACCAUAUGCCUCUUUGCUGAACAAGCUGUUACCCAGGGAGAUCAGAGUGCUGGCCUGGGCACCUGUCCAUGAAGACUUCAGCGCCAGGUUCAGCUGCAAACAGAGGACCUACAAGUAUUUCUUUCCACAUGGAGAUUUGAAUCUUGAGUUGAUGCAGAUAUCCGGGAAAAAGUUGGAAGGUGUCCAUGAUUUCCGUAACUUCUGUAAGAUGGACGUAAGCCAUGGGGUUGUUACCUUCCGUAGAGAGAUUUUAUUGGUAGAUGUAAAGGAGUGUGAUGAGAGAGACAUUCCAGCGUACAGGAUGUGUGAACUGACUGUGGUGGGGAAUGCAUUCCUGUGGCACCAAAUCCGCUGUAUCGUGUCCGUCCUGUUCUUGGUGGCUAAGGGCGUGGAGCCACCCGAGAUCAUAGAAGAACUACUUGAUGUAGAAAAGCAUCCAAAGAAACCCCAGUAUACCAUGGCAUCAGAAUUGCCGCUGGUACUGUUUGAUUGUCAGUUUGAAAAUGUAGACUGGAUCUAUAAUGAAGAGGCUCACAGGUAUAAUGUGAAGAGGUUACAAGAACUUUGGGGGAAAGCUGCCAUCAAGGCGACCAUGAUCAGGAAGAUGCUGACAGAACUGGAGCAUGUACCUGAACUAGGUGCUGAGGGAGUGACAGGAGGCUCCUUUCUGGACUGGAUGGCCAUGGGAUGGAAAGGGAAGACAUACAAACGCUUGCUGGACAGACAAACCUGCGAAAGCCUUGAAGACAAAAUGGAAUCUGUUGCAAAGAAGAAAAAACUGGCUGUAGGAAAGACAGAGCCUAGUUGACAAUGAAGAAUGAUGUAGAAUUUACUCAAGUCUUUCACAUUUUGAAAACUCAUCUGAUUUAAGGAGAUACCAUUAUUUUAAUGUGUAAGGUGGCACUUAUUGGCCAGGGAGGAAAACAGUCUUAAUGCUAGGCCCUAUGACAUGAUUAAACACCACUGGAGGUUAUCAGUGAUGUAACAGUUUUAAUGAUCGGAAACAUGGAAGAUUUGUUCCAUCACAUGGUGACGUGGCAGAAGAUGUUAACUAAACACGAAAGGUAUACCCCUGGAUUUGAAGCAAACAUAUACAAAGGAUAAUGCUGGAUGUGAAGCAAACUUGAAGGGAUAAUGCUGGAUGUGAAGCAAACAUCAAAGGUAAAUUCAUGGGUAUGAAGCACACAUAAAGGAAUAAUGCUGGGUGUGAAGCAAACAUGUAUAUGUACAUUGCUGUACUCAGUUUGUUUAUUUAUAAAUUUUACCUGUAAAUAAAACUGGACUAUUUUAUAAAACAUG